AAUUUCUUGCAAUUCUCACAUUAAAUAAUUAAAACAGUUGCCGUAUAUUAAAUUGAUUUAAUAUAGUAUAGAAAAUUCAUCUUUUUUUUAAAUCUAUACUGUUGAUGAUUUAUACUAAAUAACUUUUUUAUUUGAUUGCUGAUCUACACAUCUAGUUUAACAACGAAUACUAUGGAUAUUGACACUACUUAUUUACAUUAUUCACUUUUGUGUGAAACAAAUUUUAUUGAACUUUUAUUUAAACUUUCUUUGUGUAUUCGAUGCAACGUCAGGAGAUCUUUUUGUUUCGUAAAUUUCUUUUAGAGUUUCAAUGAGAGAAAAUAAAUAAAAUAUAAGAAAAAAGCAGUAAAAUCGACCAACUUUAACUCCAAAUGUGUAGUGAUUUAUUGUAAAUGGGAGGCCAACGAGAGUAAUAAAGUGACGCGGUCUGCCAGCAGCUAACCAAUUUUGAUUCAUUAAUAGGUCGACCUAUAUGACCCAAAGUGUCGGAGUCAACUAACCGAAUUAAUUUACCCAUGUCUUUUUAGUUCGGAUGCGCAAUGCGUGUCUUUUCUUGCUAAAAUAAAAUUCUGUUUAUUUUCAAUGGUGACUACUUCUACUUGUAAAAACUAUAAUAUCCCGUAUCAGUUGUAUGUGUGACAAUAUGUCACCAUAAAUUGAUGACAAAAUUAUUUUAAGAAUUUUGUUAAAAUGUAGAUCUUGACAAUUUUGUACUUUAAACAGUGUUACGAGAUGAAGAUGCAGUGGUUCACCAUAAUGAUGUGUUUGUAUGCAGGAGUAGCAAGUGCUCGAACAGAAGAAGAUCAACAAACAUCAUCAUCAAGUACAAUAACAGGAAUUUCUGGUGGAGUUUUAGAACAAUGUUUUUAUCGCCAGUCUAGCGAAUGUCCUAAUGUUGAAACAACUGGAUGUUCCUGUACAAAAAUUGUUCUUGCCCAUAAUAAUCCUGAAGGCACUGCAGUGUUUUGUUGUAAUUUGGAUAUUAGAAAUUUCGAGUCUGAGCUAUCUUGUGCAGGAUUUCCAUCAAAUGUGUCUCAUAUACACAUAAGAAAUGCAACAUUAGACGUAUUCAAUGUUAGUGAAAAGCGAUGGAGAAGAUUAAAAUCACUUGCUAUAACCGAUGGAAAAAUUAAUCGUGUGAAAGGACAAUUUCGAAUGAUGACACCAACACUAUGCUUGAAUUUAUCAAACAAUGCUCUUAUUGAAGUAGAAAAUAAUUCACUUACUCGCUUAGUUCAACUUACCACUUUGGAUUUGUCUUACAACAAUCUUACACACUUACCAGCCUUAAAUACAAUGAAUGGUCGUGAAUUCUGGCUGGAUAUUUCAGGGACAAAUACACUUUGGUGUCAUGAUAUCUACCAGUACAUUAAUAAGACAGGAGAAAAACAAAUUAAUUUUAAUCGUGAAAAUGAAACUGUAUGUUCAGCAAGCAAAACAUGGCAUUGGUUCAAUACCACUGAACAAGUUCCUUUGAAACAAGUUCGAUACCUUAGUUUGUUACAAACUGAAUGUCCGAAAGGGGAUACUUGGCAGUGCCAAUGCAAUUUUAGGAGAUUCGAUAUUCUACAAGGUAAACCACCGACUUUAGCAGUAAAUGUGGAUUGUAGCGGUAUUCAGAUCACUGAAUUACCAGAAAAAUUACCUCGCAAUACCAUAGCCUUGAAUGUAUCGUACAACAAUAUUACAGCAUUAGAUGAUCUUAGUACCAACCCAUGUUACGAAGACAUAAGAGAAUUUUAUGCAGAUUAUAAUAAUAUAUCAUCUAUAAACAAGCUAGAAGGUUCUAAGUUUUUAGAUAACUAUGCUUUUCUGAGUUUGCGAUAUAACAAAAUCAAAUCUGUUCCAACUUACAUUUUGAGUCCUAACACUCAUGAUAAAAGUUUUAUUAGUUCGCGAUAUGUGAAACUCGGAGGAAAUGAGCUGCAUUGUGAUUGUAAUACAGCUAAGUAUUUAAAGGUGUGGUUACAAACUCGUAUAUUAGAUUCGGAUGAAGUAUUAUGCGAAAAUGUCAAAGAAAAAGUUGUUGAUUUAGAACCUUCAAAGAUGUGUGUGUAUCCAGGUGACUGGACAGAUUACAUUUACUACAUUAUUGCUACAGAAGUGGUUCUUUUGAUAAGUCUGAUAGCUAAAGUAUCUUAUGAUUAUUGGAUCUUUAAAACAGCAGGUUAUCUUCCAUGGCCAGCGAACAAAAUGCCAAAAUUACCUUGUGACUGGCUAUGUGAAACUUAAGUACAUAAUUUGUACUGCAUUACUGCAAAAUAAUUCAUUAAACUUAAGUGAAACGAAUUUUAAUAUAAUUUAAUGUAAUCUCUACAGGUUUAUAUGAUUUUUUAAACAGUUUUCUUGCUGUGUUAACAAGUACAGUGUUGAUCAAAAAAAUUUUGAAGACUCAUUUAAUUCUAUUGCAUUCAUUUUGCAAAUUUAUUUAGUGAUAAUUAUACUUAAUUCGACGAUCUUUUAAUUAAUUGAAAGAAAAUUAACUUAAAUAUUUUUUACAAUUACUUUCUUACACAUUCGUAUGAAUCUCCACACACACGUAUAACAUGCAUACAAGUAAAAAAACAAUCAAAGUCUAUUAAUCAAAUUGAAAGAUAGAUACAUCUUAUUAUUCCACAUAUACAGUUACUUUGCAUAAACUAUCAAUUUCCCAUAUAUAGUUAUAUAGUUGUAUUAUAUUAUAUAAAAUUAAAACAAAAAUAAUUAAUUUUUUCAAGAUUUUGUGACUUCCUGUAGCAACCUAGCUUUUUCAUACAGUUUUAUAACUUUUAGCAUCAAUCGAUUUUUAUUGUUAAAUAAAAUCUAACGAUAAAAAUUGUUCACUAAAAUUACAAUGCAAUUAUUCAGAAAUGUUUCCGUGAUCACCUAUCACGUGAAAUAAUUUACUUUGAUUAUCUAUUUACUAAACAGCGAUCCUUCAUUAUUACUAAAUAUAUGAUCAUACAUAUAAUGUAUACAAGAUAAGUUUUAUAU